AUGAUUCAACCUGGAUUAUUCCUUCAUCGUGAGAGUGUUGCCAACAAUGCUCAAGUUGCAAACAUGUUUUUGGAGAUGGAUUUGACGAUUGCAAAUGACAGACUUGAACAUUGCCAAUCUUACUUUUCCCAAAUUCAACAAGAUUUACACGCUCCCUUUAUGGUUGUUUUACCAACCAAUCUCCAUGAUGGGGAAGAGGUUGUGGUUCAAGAUCAUGUGCAAGUUCGAUUAAUGCUCUCAUUUUCUUAUUGCAAAGAAACGAGUAGUAAGAAUUUAUCAGCACUCUGCCAAGAAUGUGAAGAAUCAUUGAAGGGAAGAAUUAUUGUAUUUGGUGAGGGUGGUGCUGGUAGUAGUGACAAUGAGGAUGGUGGUGAUCCAUCCACUUCAUUCGCUCAACAAUUUAUGGAUCUCUCUGGCUUGUCAUCAUCAUUGAAUUCCAAUCUCACCAUACUCGAUGGUAAAUUAGCUGAGAAGAACAACACUCUUGCCGGUUUUAUUUUACACCCUCUUUACAACAAGCUUAUUAUGAAUGAACAACUCAAUUUCAAGCCGUAA